AUGUGCGAUGAGGAAGUAGCAGCAUUAGUGGUAGAUAAUGGAUCCGGUAUGUGCAAAGCCGGAUUUGCUGGUGAUGAUGCACCUCGAGCUGUAUUCCCAUCAAUAGUUGGACGACCAAGGCAUCAAGGUGUCAUGGUCGGUAUGGGUCAAAAGGAUUCAUAUGUAGGCGAUGAGGCUCAGUCGAAGAGAGGUAUUCUAACACUAAAAUAUCCAAUUGAGCAUGGCAUUGUCACAAACUGGGAUGACAUGGAGAAGAUCUGGCAUCAUACUUUUUACAACGAACUUCGAGUUGCUCCCGAGGAACAUCCAGUACUGCUUACCGAAGCGCCGUUGAACCCAAAGGCAAACAGAGAAAAGAUGACCCAAAUUAUGUUCGAGACAUUCAAUACUCCGGCUAUGUACGUUGCCAUCCAAGCUGUUCUGUCGUUGUACGCAUCCGGUCGUACCACUGGUAUUGUGCUUGAUUCCGGAGAUGGUGUUACUCACACCGUACCAAUUUACGAAGGUUACGCAUUGCCACAUGCAAUUUUACGUUUGGACCUCGCUGGACGGGACUUGACAGAUUAUUUAAUGAAGAUCCUCACUGAACGUGGUUACUCGUUUACGACCACGGCUGAACGAGAAAUUGUGCGUGACAUUAAAGAGAAGCUAUGCUACGUGGCCUUAGAUUUCGAACAGGAAAUGGCAACUGCUGCAUCGUCAUCAUCUCUCGAGAAAUCUUAUGAAUUGCCUGAUGGUCAAGUGAUUACCGUUGGCAACGAAAGAUUCCGAUGCCCAGAAGCUCUAUUUCAGCCAUCUUUCCUGGGUAUGGAAUCUGCUGGUAUUCAUGAAUCAACAUACAACAGUAUUAUGAAGUGUGAUAUUGAUAUUCGAAAGGAUCUGUAUGCUAAUAUUGUCCUAUCCGGUGGCACGACUAUGUAUCCAGGCAUUGCUGAUCGAAUGCAAAAAGAAGUAACAGCUUUGGCGCCAAGCACAAUGAAAAUUAAAAUUAUUGCACCACCAGAACGCAAAUAUUCCGUAUGGAUUGGUGGUUCUAUCUUGGCUUCUCUGUCCACCUUCCAACAGAUGUGGAUCUCGAAGCAAGAAUAUGAUGAAUCUGGCCCAUCAAUUGUGCAUCGUAAAUGCUUCUAA